CUUGAACUAUCAAAAUACACCCAAUUGAUCUUUUUAUCCAGUUACUUAUACGUGAGCCGGUCAACUGCUUAGGUGGAUGCUGAGGUGGCAUUUUUUUUUUGCAAAGGUUUACUGUGCUAUCUUCGGCUUCAGCUUUCUUCCAUCUUCAAGUCUUCAACGAUUCAAUCAUCUUCUUAGCUUCCUCUUUGCUUUUUAGUGUGCUUUUUUGUUACAACAAACUAAUUUUUGGAUUAUUUUUUGCCUUCUUAAGUUUACCUUUUUUUUAUCUGUAUCUUUUUUCUACAUCCUUUUUUAAUAUUCUUCUCAUGCUUCAGAGAUGGAAGUUUUAGCUACGAAGAUGAGUCAAGGUGAUGGCUUUCAAUUUUUUCUUCUCAAUUUAGUCCUCUUCAAAUUCCCAUCCUCGUUGGAAAACAUCACAAAAUUACCAGUCCACAUGAAAAAACAAAUCAGAUCUGGUUCUACAGACCUGAAUUCAUCUGAAUUCAAAAGAUGCCAGAGAACACGAGAGCAAGUGGAAGCACAAAGCUGGAAACGUAGAGGAGAGUUUUGCUCUUCCUCCAAGCUAAGGCAUCACCGCCAAGAACAUUCUUGCCUGCCUUUUCGUCCAACUCAUCCCUUUAAUCUCUGACGGGAUUUCACCAUCAAUAGAGAAAUCGACGAAGCAUUACCGCCGCACACCAUUGCUCACAGGGGUGGAGACAGGGGGAGGCUGGCGGCCUUGGCCCCUGCAAAAAAACAAUUGUGAUGUAUAUAUAUGUAUCUUAAUUAAUUAAAUCUUAUAAUUGUCAAUGAAAGCUAGGGCAUUUUAGGACUGAAAAAAAUGUUGGUGUAAUCACUUGCUUUAUGAGGUGGUACAUUGUGUUUUGCCUUGUGUACUCUUUUAAAGGAUUUUACUUCUCCAUUUAAUUCCCG